UCCCCACCACUGGGGCCGUGUGCAACCCGCGCAUAGACUACGGUGGAGCACUGCCCUCGCGCAUCAUUCGACCUCCGCGCACAGCAGUCUAGGCAACAACGCCCUGCACUGUACACGCGUUCGGGAGCUCGACUCUCGUAGCGACACGACGAACAGGAUAAGUUAAGCGAGCACAAUGCCUUUCAAACCAGCAGAUAACCCCAAGUGUCCGAAAUGCGGCAAGUCCGUAUACGCGGCGGAAGAGCGCGUCGCCGGUGGCCUCAAGUGGCACAAAAUGUGCUUCAAAUGCGGCCUCUGCCAGAAAUUGUUGGACUCCACAAACUGCUCAGAACACGAAGGUGAACUUUACUGCAAAGUUUGCCAUGCGCGCAAAUUCGGACCAAAAGGAUACGGCUUCGGCGGUGGCGCUGGCUGCCUCUCCAUGGACACCGGAGAUCACCUGAAGGGCGAGAACGCGGAUGGCGUAAGAACCAAUGGAGCUUGCUUAGAAUCACGCGUUAUUGCCAAAGCUCCACCUGGAGAAGGAUGCCCAAGAUGUGGCGGCUAUGUUUAUGCUGCAGAACAGAUGUUGGCUCGCGGAAAGGCUUAUCACAAAAAAUGCUUCAAAUGCAUAACUUGCCACAAGCAACUUGAUUCAAUGAUCCAUUGUGACGGGCCAGAUAACGAGAUAUACUGUCGAGUGUGCUACGGAAAGAAGUUCGGUCCUAAAGGAUACGGCUAUGGCAAAGGAGCCGGUGUUUUACAGAGCGACCCUUACGCUAAUGGCGAUCAUGCACCCAAGACAACGGUGAUUGACACUGCAGCUAUCCAGGCACCACCAGGCAAAGGUUGCCCGCGAUGUGGCGGCGUGGUCUAUGCAGCGGAACAAGUUUUGGCUAAGGGACGAGAAUGGCAUCGCAAAUGUUUCAAGUGUCACGAUUGUAUGAAGACACUAGACUCGAUCAUCGCCUGCGAUGGACCGGACGCAGACGUUUACUGCAAGACCUGCUACGGAAAGCGCUGGGGACCUCAUGGCUAUGGAUUUGCCUGUGGUUCUGGCUUCCUCCAAACUGACGGAUUGUCCGAGGAGGAGAUUUCGGCCAACCGUCCGUACUACAACCCUGAUACUACAUCAAUCAAAGCUCCCAAAGGACAAGGAUGCCCGCGUUGCGGUGGAAUGGUAUUUGCUGCUGAACAACAAUUGGCCAAGGGCACUAUGUGGCACAAAAAAUGCUUCAAUUGUGCAGAAUGCCACCGUCCAUUGGAUUCCAUGCUAGCUUGUGACGGUCCCGACAAAGAAAUCCACUGUCGGUCUUGUUAUGCUAAACUCUUUGGACCUAAAGGAUUUGGCUACGGCCAUGCCCCUACUCUUGUAUCGACUGACGCUGAACCCACCAUUUCCUACACUGAGCAGCUCCCAUUCACUGGACCUAAAGCAGCCAAAGGACAGGGCUGCCCGCGCUGUGGUUUCCCAGUGUAUGCUGCUGAACAGAUGCACUCCAAGAAUGGCACAUGGCACAAACGGUGCUUCUCUUGUGCAGACUGCCACAGAUCUCUUGAUUCGACGAAUUUGAAUGAUGGACCCAAUGGUGAAAUUUACUGCCGCGGAUGCUACGGCCGGAACUUCGGACCUAAGGGUGUAGGUUUCGGUCUGGGCGCAGGCACAUUAACCAUGGCCUAAAUUAACUAUGAAGCUGGACUUUAUAGGACUUAAGUGUGAACGGUAGCAUGAAAGGAAUAUAAUCUGGGUCAUGUGGCUACCUUUUCAUCAUACCAUGUAUUAAACUGGUUUUAAUAAUGGUUGAUAAAACGAUGAGACUAUUUUAAUAAAUAGAUAUAAUUAUGUAUUUUAUUAUAUAAGACCAAAUAUUUUAUGGAAAGAAAAUAUAAAUUAAAGGUUACAUUCCUUUCAUACCUAAUGUACAAACUGAUGAAUGUGUCUGGGCCCUUAGUUUAUAAAUUCGUCAUGAAAUAUUUUAGACUAUAUAAAAUGCAUAGGUAUUUAAGUAUUUAAUAAGUAACUAAGGUUAUUAUAAAUAAUAAUAUACUAUUAUUAAAAAAUAAAAAAAAAAAUAAAAAAAAUU